AUGGCCAAGACCUCGCGUGGUGCCCCCGGUGGCAAGCUCAAGAUGACCCUCGGUCUCCCUGUUGGUGCCGUCAUGAACUGCGCCGACAACUCCGGUGCCCGUAACUUGUACAUCAUCUCCGUCAAGGGUAUCGGUGCGCGCCUGAACCGCCUCCCCGCCGGCGGUGUCGGUGACAUGGUCAUGGCCACCGUCAAGAAGGGCAAGCCCGAACUGAGGAAGAAGGUCCACCCCGCCGUCAUCGUCCGCCAGUCCAAGCCCUGGAAGCGCUUCGACGGUGUCUUCCUAUACUUUGAGGACAACGCCGGUGUCAUUGUCAACCCCAAGGGCGAGAUGAAGGGCUCGGCCAUCACCGGACCCGUGGGCAAGGAGGCUGCUGAGCUGUGGCCCCGUAUUGCCUCCAACUCUGGUGUUGUCAUGUGA